AUGCAGGGCACUGCAGGUGAUAUGUUGGAUCAUGACGACUUCCAACACCUCAACAUAUUCGAGUGGGAAGCACUGCGCCGCUUCGAAGCCGUGGCUGGCAUCAUUGCUGCGGUUGCCAUGUUGAAGGACACGCCGGAGCGCCUCUAG